AUGGACGUGGACAUAGACAUGGACGUGGACGUGGACUUGGACGUGGACAUGGACGUGGACCUGGACGUGGAGGUGGACAUGGACGUGGACAUGGACGUGGACAUGGAUAUGGACGUGGACGUGGACGUGGACGUGGUCGUGGACGUGGUCGUGGACGUGGACGUGGACGUGGAUGUGGACGUGGACAUGGACGUGGACAUGGACGUGGACAUGGACUUGGACAUGGAGGUGGACGUGGAGUUGGACGUGGACAUGGAGGUGGACGUGGAGGUGGACGUGGACGUGGACGUGGACGUGGACGUGGACAUGGACGUGGACGUGGACGUGGACGUGGACAUGGACGUGGACGUGGACGUGGACGUGCACGUGCACGUGGACGUGGACGUGGACGUGGACGUGGACGUGGACGUGGACGAGUGGACGUGGGACGUGGACGUGGACGUGGACGUGGACCUGGACGUGGACCUGGACGUGGACAUGGACGUGGACGUGGACGUGGACGUGGACGUGGACGUGGACGUGGACGUGGACGUGGACGUGAACGUGGACGUGGACGUGGACGUGGACGUGGACGUGGACGUGGACGUGGACGUGGUCAUGGACGUGGACGUGGACGUGGACGUGGACGUGGACCUGGACGUGGACGUGGACGUGGACGUGGACGUGGACGUGGACGUGGACGUGGACAUGGACGUGGACAUGGACGUGGACGUGGACGUGGACGUGGACAUGGACGUGAACGUGGACGUGGACGUGGACGUGGACGUGGACGUGGACGUGGUCGUGGACGUGGACGUGGACGUGGACGUGGACGUGGACGUGGACGUGGACGUGGACGUGGACGUGGAGGUGGACGUGGACGUGGACGUGGACGUGGACGUGGACAUGGACGUGGACGUGGACUUGGACGUGGUCUUGGACGUGGACGUGGACGUGGACGUGGUCAUGGACGCGGACGUGGACGUGGACAUGGACGUGGACAUGGACGUGGACAUGGACGUGGACGUGGACGUGGACAUGGACGUGGACAUGGACGUGGACAUGGACGUGGACGUGGACGUGGACGUGGACGUGGAGGACGUGGACAUGGACGUGGACGUGGACAUGGACGUGGACAUGGACGUGGACGUGGACGUGGACGUGGACGUGGACAUGGACGUGGACGUGGACGUGGACGUGGACAUGGACGUGGACGUGGACAUGGACAUGGGCGUUGACGUGGACGUGGACGUGGACGUGGACGUGGACGAGGACGUGGACGUGGACGUGGACGUGGACGUGGACAUGGACGUGGACAUGGACGUGGACAUGGACGUGGACGUGGACGUGGAGGUGGACGUGGAUGUGGACGUGGACGUGGACAUGGACGUGGACGUGGACGUGGACUUGGACGUGGACGUGGAGGUGGAGGUGGACAUGGACGUGGACGUGGACGUGGACGUGGACAUGGACAUGGACAUGGACAUGGACGUGGACAUGGACGUGGACAUGGACGUGGACAUGGACGUGGACAUGGACGUGGACGUGGACGUGGACAUGGACGUGGACGUGGACGUGGAGGACUUGGACGUGGACAUGGACGUGGACGUGGACGUGGACAUGGACGUGGACGUGGACAUGGACGUGGACAUGGACGUGGACGUGGAUGUGGACCUACACAUGGACGUGGACCUGGACGUGGACGUGGACGUGGACGUGGACAUGGACGUGGACGUGGACGUGGAGGACUUGGACGUGGACGUGGACCUGGACGUGGACGUGAACGUGGACGUGGACGUGGACGUGGACAUGGACGUGGACAUGGACGUGGACGUGGACAUGGACGUGGACAUGGACGUGGACGUGGACGUGGACGUGGACGUGGACAUGGAUGUGGACGUGGACGUGGACGUGGACAUGGACGUGGACAUAGACGUGGACGUGGAGGACGUGGACGUGGACAUGGACGUGGACGUGGACGUGGACGUGGACAUGGACGUGGACGUGGACAUGGACGUGGACGUGGACGUGGACGUGGACGUGGAGGACGUGGACAUGGACGUGGACGUGGACGUGGACCUGGACGUAGACCUGGACUUGGACGUGGACGUGGACGUGGACGUGGACAUGGACGUGGACGUGGACGUGGACGUGGACAUGGACGUGGACAUGGACGUGGACGUGGACGUGGACGUGGACAUAGAGGUGGACGUGGACGUGGACGUGAACACGUGGACAUGGACGACUUGGACGUGGACAUGGACGUGGACAUGGACGUGGACGUGGACGUGGACGUGGAGGGUCGUGGACGUGGACGUGGUCGUGGACGUGGACGUGGACGUGGACGUGGACGUGGACGUGGACGUGGACAUGGACGUGGACAUGGACGUGGACAUGGACGUGGACAUGGACAUGGACGUGGACGUGGACUUGGACGUGGACGUGGACGUGGACGUGGACAUGGACGUGGACAUGGACGUGGACGUGGACGUGGACAUGGACGUGGACGUGGACGUGGAUGUGGACGUGGACGUGGACAUGGACGUGGACAUGGUCGUGAACGUGGACGUGGACGUGGACGUGGACGUGGACAUGGACGUGGACAUGGACGUGGACAUGGACAUGGAUGUGGACGUGGACUUGGACGUGGACAUGGACGUGGACGUGGACAUGGAGGUGGACAUGGACGUGGACAUGGACGUGGACGUGGACGUGGACAUGGACGUGGACAUGGACGUGGACGUAGACAUGGACGUGGACAUGGACGUGGACGUGGACAUGGACGUGGACAUGGACGUGGACGUGGACGUGGACAUGGACGUGGACGUGGACGUGGACGUGGACAUGGACGUGGACGUUGACGUGGACGUGGACAUGGACGUGGACGUGGACGUAGAGGACUUGGUCGUGGACAUGGUCGUGGACGUGGACGUGGACGUGGACAUGGACGUGGACGUGGACGUAGAGGACUUGGACGUGGACAUGGUCGUGGACGUGGACGUGGACAUGGACGUGGACGUGGACAUGGACGUGGACAUGGACGUGGACGUGGACGUGGACGUGGACAUGGACGUGGACGUGGACGUGGACGUGGACGUGGACAUGGACGUGGACAUGGACGUGGAGGACUUGGACGUGGACAUGGACGUAGACGUGGACGUGGACGUGGACGUGGACGUAGACGUGGACGUGGACGUGGACGUGGACGUGGACGUGGACAUGGACGUGGACAUGGACAUGGACGUGGUUGUGGACGUGGACAUGGACAUGGACGUGGACGUGGACAUGGACAUGGACGUGGACGUGGACGUGGACAUGGACGUGGACAUGGACGUGGACAUGGACGUGGACGUGGACAUGGAAGUGGACGUGGACGUGGACGUGGACGUGGACGUGGACGUGGACGUGGACAUGGACAUGGACGUGGACGUGGACGUGGACGUGGACGUGGACGUGGAUGUGGUCGUGGAUGUGGACGUGGACGUGGACGUGGACGUGGACCUGGACGUGGACAUGGACUAG